CCUUUGGUGUAUAUACCUCAAGUGGACAAUGCAGAAGACAACCUGAGCGAAAGAUGAAUUUUUAAAUUACAAUAUAUAAUAUGUUGACUGCAUUGCGUCGCAGAUUUCGCUUAGGGAUGCAGCGUACGGUUCUAAUUGCAGUGCUGCUGGCCGUUGGCAUCUUCAGCUAUGCUUUCCUAAAUCUCUCCUUCUGCUUCAAACUCAUGUCGCACCGAAGUCUCACGCACAUGUGCCAAAAGUAUGAGCAUCACGAGUUUAGUGGAUCGCUCUGCGAGGAGCUGUGCGGCAGCCAGUCAAGCUUUGAUAACUUCCAGUGUCCGUUGAAUGACAUGAAAACUAUUUUGUUUACGGCCGAAAAGAAUGGAGACAUGUAUGCGGUGAAGCUGGCUAAGCACAACGAUGAUGAUUUGAGCUGGACGAACAGUAAGGGAGAUGCCAUCUAUCCAAAGAUCGAGGAGUUCCACGAGAUUGUCAAGCUGCACAUAAUACUUGCCUACAACGUAACUUUAGAUGAUAAUAUGAUACGCGCAUUGGUUAAUCAGGAGAUAGCGGAUAAUAACUCACAGCAAAUGGUAAGCUUCUGGCGAUUGUUCAAGGACAACAAUUAUAUGAUGGGCAAGCUCUUUGAUGAGGAGUCCGUGUUUCCAGCGGUGCUGGGCUCUUGUGGCCCCUACUAUGCCACAGAGGGCCUAGACAUUGUCCAGUCCAAUCCCAGCAUCAUUCAGUAUCUCGCCUCAAAUCGACAGCAGCGUUUGAAGCAUGCACUCAACAUUAUGGAAUACAUAUUUCGGCUGGAGGAGAUGAAGCCGGAGCCGUUGCGAAUGUGUAAGAUGCAAGUGAAUCGCUUUGGCCUUACGCCUGACCGGCGUCUCAAGUACCAAACCGCUGAGCAUAUCUAUGUCGAGAGUUACUUGGACAAGCGCAUCUCCAAUGGCGCCAAGUGCCACACCAAUCAGGACUGCAACUUCAACUCCUGCCGCGGACUCUGCGAUGCGGAGCGACAGGCUUGCACACAUGUGCAGCAGAACAAUAACUUCCAAAUAUUUUGCGAUCAUAUCCUUAUGGGCAGCGGCACAUUUCAGCCGGGACUCUUAAGUGGGAUCCGUUUGCCCAGAUCGGUGCAGAAGCUGGUUAAGAUGUGUGUGCAACCGCCAAAGGAGCAUCAGGUGCCAGGUCGUCGCCUGGCUCCCAGUCUACAGUUGGCCUUGAGGCUCUACAAUGAGUUGAAGCAGUUGCUUCAGGCGGUGAUCACUGCCUCCGGUGCUGACGCUGAAGUGGAGGCGGAGAGUCCACGGCUGAGGCAGCAGCAGCAGCAGGGAGGCGUUUAGGUGACUAGAAUGCACAAGUAGUUGAAUUGGUAGCUUCUGCUGAUGCUUUGCUCAAAAAUUGGUAGAAUUUUUACAGAAAUUAGUUUUAAUUAAUACAAAAAAAAAGAAGAAAAAUAUAGAAUUAACAUAAAUAAACAAUUUUUUAAUACAUGAUAGAUAAA